ACCCGAUUUAUCUAUCGAUAUUAAAAGAAAUCUCGAGUUUUUCUUAUGCAUGAAUAGAAAUAACACCGCGUGAGCAAGGUGCAAUGAAAAUAUUUUUGCACAAAAUGGUGAAGCAGAAAACAAAGAUAAAAACGUACUAUGGAUUAUCAUUGGAAGUGUCUAAUGUAGCGUCAAAUUGUUUUAAAAUUUCAGACAAAUUUGAGACUUUGUUUUUGAUCUUAUUCGCAAGAAUUUGCUUGAAAAUGUACGUUCACAGGAUGUGUAUUGGAUAUUAUUAUUUCUUUAAAAAUAUAGAGAGAGUGUAUGGGAACACUCGAGUGUAUAUCGACCACGCAAUGUAUAUCGCGCAUUCGUUGCCCAGUAACGCAUAGGAAUGCUCACGCUACCUUGAUGUUAUGGAACUACAGUUAUAAUUUAUUUAUUUCUUCAGAACAAUUAUUUAAAAAACCUCUUUUUUUCUUAUUAGAUAUCUACAAUAUAUAUCCUCAAACUUAAUAUAACAUUUAUAUUGAUAAUUUUUUUAUUAAUUUAUAGUUACCACUGCUAUUAUACAAUUUGCCGUGAAUCAGAUUAAUUCGCAUAAAGAAGACAGAAUUGAGUCACAUUAAAGGGAAAUGGAAUAAGUUUCUUGAUCAAUCUGACGCGCAAGAAAUACUUCUCUGUCUUCGUAAAUUUUUAAGCAUCUCUAAUAUCGUCGCGCGCACAGAAAUUUUGUCGACCAAUUCUGCGGACCAACCGAUCUGUGAUAUUUCGCUGAGUAUUUUCACGAGAAGACGUAACAUCAAAAACGCGACGCGCGUUUGUUAACGGUAAGUGGUAAAUGACACGUCGGGACCAAGCGACAUCCUCCCGUUUUCCAAGGAUGUUCAAUCUUUAUCAGAGCCUGAAUAAGAAGGAUGACGGUGGUGAUGGGCAGCGGAACCGCGAGUCGGAGGUGACUGGACACGACAGAUUCUGUCAGCAUCGUACUGGGCAUUCGAGCACCCGUCGUCGGCGCCGUGCCGUUAAUCGCAGAACGCAGAGCGCUACCGAGUUGAAUGCGAGGGCGAUGAGUACAGCGCGAGGGUCGUUGCGACGGGGUCGCAGCGUGAGUACGGAGGACGAGAAUGAGAGCGAGGACGACAAGGGUCAUCAACUAGCGAACAAGCUGGACAAUCUGGCGCGGUUGCUCUUCAGCCGCGUAUCAGCAGCACGGGGAUAUAAGGAUCAGAGUGACAUCAAGAAUGGCCGUUACACAGCACUAAAUCAUGGGCCGAAAUCUGUCAGUGAAGACGGGGUCGAGUACGUGGAAAUGGAGAAGAGAUCCCGCGAUCGUGCUUUAUCAAUCUGCCGGGACUACAUCGAGAAAACGCCGCGUUUCGCCCUCAUCAAGCAACUCAAUAAUAUCGGAUCGAGGGUGGAUAAGUAUUGGUUCAUGGUGAGGGACACGUCGCUAAAGACGGACAGACUGUUGACUUUGGUACCGCUGAAUCAGAACUGUCCGCUAACUGUCUGUCCCUCCACUAAGGACAUCUUGAACAAUCUGUUUCUGGCCUUGCAACAUCCCUACAUCUGUCCCGUUUUUCACGUCGAUUUUCUUGAGUACGAGGACCAAACGUACAUCGUCCUGGUGCAGCCUGUCAACCAAGGUAGCCUGAAGGAUCUAGUUUACGGCAUCGAACGGAACUGCUGGAAUGAAGACUGGACGCACAAGUAUGCUGCGCGAGGCAAAGAGCUCACGCUACCACAGGUGCAACGAAUGGGUCGGCAGAUAUUGGAAGCGCUAGUGUUCCUGAAGGAACGAGGAUUUCCCAUGGUAACUCAUCUUCAUUCGGGCAAUGUGGUGAUCCAAAACGGCGUUGCGAGGCUGGCAGGUCUGGAGAAUACGCUUCUAGGCUUUACGAGUCGCAUACAUCCUAUUGUCACGUCUCGAUUAACACAUUCCUCCUCGAUCGAUAUUAUAUGUUUUGGACAUAUGCUGUUCGAAAUGUGCGCCGGUUAUGAAUUAUGUACCUUCAGACCAUCCGCCGUCCAAUUAUCCGACAUUGAAAUGUAUCCACAGGUUGUAAGAUUGCUCGAAUCAAUAUUCACGGAAUCCGACAAUCGUUUCACCAGCGUAGAGGAGUUAUUGAUCCACGAUCUCUUCAGGAACAUCGACCUCCGCGAGAUGCGAUGCGCGGCCGUAACCGUAUUUCGUCCGACUCUGACGCCCUCCAUAAUGAGCUUACUCGACGGUAUUAAACGGCAAGAUGCCGGGAAAGGGUGCGUUCACUUUCAAUAUAACACACAUAAAUUAUAUCAAGUACUUAAAAAUUUGCUUAUAUGCGAGUUCAUACGAACUCGGCUCGUCGAUAAUUACCCGUGUUGCAAAUAAUUUGUUUCGCAUGCGCAGCUGGCAUAAGACACGCUCUAAGAGCGAUGUCCAUUUAACGCGCAAAUUUUGGUAAUGAAAAAUCAAAUAAUUCCGUUCAUGACAAAUACAUUCGAGUGGAAUUGAAAAGAAGCAAUCCGUGCGAAUACCCGAUCGCGGAUUUUUUCAGAAUCAUGAACGUCAGCGGCGAGGAUGCUAAAUCGCUGAACAGCCUCGAAUACGAAGACUCUCUACUCACGCAGAUCUACAACGAGCUUGAACAAACGGCUUUAUAAUGCGGGAACAAAGUCUACACGUAUAAUUUUAUCCCCCCAAAGAAGAAUGCACGUUCCUAUUGUAUUUGCAAAUUAAACAAAACAAAGGACGAUUGUCCUAAUUCUGCGAUAUACAAAAUGCAUGUCGAACAAAUUUCUAAAGCGAAGAUGCAAGGUUUGAUUUGCGUGCCGUCUGUACACUUAAUUCACGUUUAUCCAGAUUCAGAUGAUGAAAAAAAAAGGAAAAUUUAUGUAUGUCGUUGAAUAAUGAUUUUUUUCUGGUUGUUGCAACGAU